GGCAGUUCGAGAGUCGCCUCGGCUGACUCGCUCGUCGCGCGCUCGACUCCGGUAGCCUCCGCGGACUCGCCCGUCGUUCCUCACGAGGCGCUUUUCUCGACGCCAGCGGCGGAGGCAACCACACUCACGUCCAAGGCGAAGAGGCUCGACGGCUUGGCGAGUUCCUCGACAACGCUGUGGUAUACAGGUAAGCAGCUCAUGUGGAGCUACAAGCGGAGCAUGGUCGUGCUAAACAAGGACGGGAUGGUGACCACAUUCAAAGACGGGAGCGGCAACGUCAUCGCCCUCCUCAAGCAUGGCGACGUGGCCUCCUACCGCCGCGGGACCGGCCACGCCAUCCUGUACGCACCACGGCCACCCGCUGGCGCAAGUGCGCACGCCAGUGUGGAGGGCUUGCACGCCGCGUACGAGAUCAGGCUCCCCGAUGACGUCCUGGAGGCCUACCCGGUCAAGCAGGGCCCUGGUGGUGUCAUGACCAGCCAAGGCAUGCAGAAGGGUGGCCUUGGCUUCUUCGCCGCCGGCGCCGCCGGCGCGUUCAGCGCGACGAGCACGUACCGGUUCGUGGGCGAGAGGGACGGCCUCACGCGUAACAAGUGGAUCAUGCUGAACGCGAAGGGAGACUCGAUCGGCACGUACGAAGACAAGACCAAGAAGGUCAUUGUGGCUGCAGCUGGCGUCGACGCGGUGUUGCUCGUCGUCUUCGCAUCCGUCGUCUUUGACUACGUCGCGACGAUGUGUGAGGACGUCGGCUAAUCCAGGUCAGCAGGGAGGCCGCGAACCGGCUGCGAACCGCCUGCGCGGCUCCCCGCUUGUUAUCAGCCCGCGGACCUUGCUCUUCACCGUUCACGGCUAGCUGGAGGGCGGUCGUGUCGCGUGUGUGCUUUUGACAUAGAGUGCUGAGUGGCAUGAUGCAAUGGUACGUACGUUGAUGAAAAUUUAAUCCUUUUC